CCGGGCGCGAGCGCCCUGCUCGGCGGGGCCUGCUCGGGGCCGACUUUGGGCCUGCCCGCCCGGGCCUGCCCGCACCCUCCCGCCCGGCCUGGCCGGCGCCCCCUCGCGCCCCGGGCGGGCCCUGCACGUCUCGCGAGCAGCCCGGAGCGGCGGGGGAGGCGGGGCCCGCGGGCUGCCGGGCAGGGCCGGGGCGGCGCCGAUCCCGGGCCGGAGCGGGGCGAACGGGGCCGAGCGGCGGGCCGGGCCAGGCCGGGCAGGGCCGGGGCGCGGGUCGGCGGGAAGAUGGCGAACGUGGGGCUGCAGUUCCAGGCGAGCGCGGGGGACUCGGACCCGCAGAGCCGGCCCCUGCUGCUGCUCGGGCAGCUGCACCACCUGCACCGCGUGCCCUGGAGCCACGUCCGCGGGAAGCUGCAGCCCCGGGUCACCGAGGAGCUCUGGCAGGCUGCCCUGAGCACGCUCAACCCCAACCCCACGGACAGCUGUCCCCUCUACCUGAACUACGCCACUGUGGCUGCCCUGCCCUGCAGGGUGAGCCGGCACAACAGCCCCUCAGCCGCCCACUUCAUCACGCGGCUGGUGCGGACCUGCCUGCCGCCCGGAGCACAUCGCUGCAUUGUGAUGGUCUGCGAGCAGCCGGAGGUGUUUGCUUCCGCCUGUGCCCUGGCCCGGGCCUUCCCGCUGUUCACCCACCGCUCAGGUGCUUCUCGGCGCUUGGAGAAGAAGACGGUCACCGUGGAGUUUUUCCUGGUAGGACAAGACAACGGGCCGGUGGAGGUGUCCACAUUGCAGUGCUUAACAAAUGCCACAGACGGCGUGCGGCUAGCAGCCCGCAUCGUGGACACACCCUGCAAUGAGAUGAACACCGACACCUUCCUCGAGGAGAUUAACAAAGUUGGAAAGGAGCUGGGGAUCAUCCCAACCAUCAUCCGGGAUGAAGAACUGAAGACGAGAGGAUUUGGAGGAAUCUAUGGGGUCGGCAAAGCUGCUCUGCAUCCCCCAGCCCUGGCUGUCCUCAGCCACACCCCAGACGGAGCCACGCAGACCAUCGCCUGGGUGGGCAAAGGCAUCGUCUAUGACACUGGGGGCCUCAGCAUCAAAGGGAAGACAACCAUGCCAGGGAUGAAGCGAGACUGCGGGGGUGCCGCGGCCGUCCUGGGGGCCUUCAGAGCUGCAAUCAAGCAGGGUUUCAAAGACAACCUUCACGCUGUGUUCUGCUUGGCUGAGAACUCGGUGGGACCCAACGCGACAAGGCCAGAUGACAUCCACCUGUUGUACUCAGGGAAGACGGUGGAAAUCAACAACACGGACGCCGAGGGCAGGCUGGUGCUGGCAGAUGGCGUGUCCUAUGCUUGCAAGGACCUGGGGGCUGACAUCAUCCUGGACAUGGCCACCCUGACGGGGGCUCAGGGCAUCGCCACAGGGAAGCACCACGCCGCGGUGCUCACCAACAGCGCUGAGUGGGAGGCCGCCUGCGUGAAGGCGGGCAGGAAGUGCGGGGACCUGGUGCACCCGCUGGUCUACUGCCCCGAACUGCACUUCAGCGAGUUCACCUCGGCCGUGGCUGACAUGAAGAACUCGGUAGCGGACCGAGACAACAGUCCCAGCUCCUGUGCUGGCCUCUUCAUUGCCUCCCACAUCGGCUUUGACUGGCCCGGAGUCUGGGUCCACCUGGACAUCGCUGCACCGGUGCAUGCCGGUGAGCGAGCCACGGGCUUUGGUGUGGCCCUCCUGCUGGCGCUCUUCGGCCGUGCCUCUGAGGACCCUCUGCUGAACCUGGUGUCCCCGCUGGGCUGCGAGGUGGAUGUCGAGGAGGGGGACGUGGGGAGGGACUCCAAGAGACGCAGGCUUGUGUGAGCCUCCUGCUUCGGCCCUGACAAACGGGGAUCUUUUACCUCACUUUGCACUGAUUAAUUUUAAGCAAUUGAAAGAUUACCCUUCAGAUGGGUUUUGGUUUUUCUUUCUGGUCGUCACCAUAGUGGUGGAAACAGCUGAAGUUUUAGGAGACAGCUUAGGGUUUGGUGCAGGCCACGGUGAGGGGACCAGCAAGCGCUGGGGCUUGUUUCUGUUAGUGACAUACGGGACUGAGACAGCUUCUGUAAAUUGCUACCCUUGGGGCCUUCUGCACCCCGGGGUGAGGCCUCCUGCCUGCCUGGUGCCCUGUCCCAGCCCCAGGUCCUGUGCAGGGCACGCGCGUGGCUGACAGCCAGGCUCUUACUCCAGCCGGGGCUGCCAGGGCAUCCAGCCAGCCCAGCCCUGUGAAAGAUGGAACUGACUUGCUGCAGGGGACCCGAUUUUAUAGGGCAAGAGAAGUCACACUCUGGCCUCUCAGAAUUCACUUGAGGUUCAAUUAAAUACGGUCACACCACCCCUUCA